AUGGCGAAUAAGCGGACCAACGUGCUGGUCUACUCCGGCAAUGGCAGCACCGUCGAGAGCGUGCGGCAUUGCAUGUGGAGCCUGCGCCGGCUGCUCUCGCCCAACUACGCCGUGAUCCCCGUCGACGGUAACGCCAUCAUCAAGGAGCCGUGGACGGCGUCAUGCGCGCUGCUUGUGAUGCCCGGCGGUGCUGACCUGGGCUACUGCCGCACGCUCAACGGCGAGGGCAAUCGGCGCAUCACCCAGUACGUCAACCGCGGCGGCAACUUCAUCGGCUUCUGCGCCGGCGGUUACUAUGGCUGCAAGCGCUGCGAGUUCGAGGUCGGCGACAAGAAGAUGGAAGUCAUCGGCGACAGGGAGCUCGGCUUCUACCCGGGCAUCUGUCGCGGCCUGGCCUUCACCGGUUUCGUCUACCACAGCGAGGCCGGCACCCGUGCCGUCGAGCUGAAGGUGAACAAGGAAGCUCUCAUGGGCGGCGGCGGUGCCGUGCCCGAGUCUUUCCGCACCUACUACAACGGUGGUGGUGUCUUUGUUGAUGCCGAGAAACUCAAAGACCGAGGCGUUGAAACCCUCGCGAGCUACACGGGCGAGCUGCAUGUCGACUCCGGAGAAGGCGCCGCCGCAGUCGUGUAUCGCAAGAUUGGCGAAGGAGGCGUCAUUUUGACCGGACCUCACCCAGAAUUCGCUGCCGUAAAUCUCAGCAAAGGGGAGGACAUCCCCGGCUACGACAAAAUCGUUGACGCCCUUGCUCAGGAUGACAAGCAAAGGACCGAUUUCCUCAAGGCUUGUCUGAUCAAGUUGGGACUGCAGGUUAACCAGGAAGCUCAAGCGGUACCGUCCCUUUCCCGCCUUCAUCUCACCUCCUCCAACCCCUCGGACGUGGCAGAGUUGGUGUCCGCAUGGUCCGACGUCAUCACUGUAGAGAAGGGAGAGGAGCACAUCAAGGGCGAGAACGACACAUUCCACCUAGAGAAACCGUCAUCGUGGUCCAUGAGCACUCUCACCAAAGCUGUCACCUCCAUCAUCCCCGGGGAAGGCAAGACUGACGGCGAUACCGCCGACAGAAUCCUCGACUUUGACGCCGUCGUCAAGCGUCUAGUCCCGCACGAGACCGACCGGCCCUCCAGCAAAGACACGCCGUACUGGAACCACGACGCCUUCUACUCCAACCUCGCCGCCUACCAGUCACGCACCCGCGACACCGACGGCGACUUCGGCAAGUACCUGCUCUACGGCGAAGUCGUCACCAGCACCAACACGAUCCUCGAAAAGAACCCCUCCCUGCUCAAGCACCUCCCCGCCGGCUUCACCGCCACCGCAACCACCCAGAUCGCCGGCCGCGGCCGCGGCUCCAACGUCUGGGUCAGCCCGCCCGGCUCGCUCAUGUACAGCACGGUACUACGCCACUCGGUCGCGCUGUCGCAAUCCGCCCCGGUCGUCUUCAUCCAGUACCUGGCCGCCCUCGCCACCGUCAUGGGCGUGCACGCCUACGACACGGGCUACUCGAAGCUCCCCGUGCGCCUCAAGUGGCCCAACGACAUCUACGCCCUGGACCCGGCAACCGCAGCCUUCAAGGACGGCAAUUCCAAAAACCCCUCCGACUUCGCCAAGAUCGGCGGCGUGCUCGUCAACUCCAGCUACCAGGGCUCCGAGUACACGCUGGUCGCGGGCGUGGGCGUCAACGUCGCCAACGCCGCCCCCACCACGUCGCUCGACGCCCUCGCCCGCGCCCACGGCCUGCCGCCCUUCCGCACCGAGAAGCUGCUCGCCAGCAUCCUGGUCAAGUUCGAGGAGAUGUACCGCAAGUUCGUCCGCGAGGGCUGGAGCGAGGAGAUGGAGCGCAUCUACUACGGCUACUGGCUGCACGAGGGCCAGGUCGUCACGCUCGAGCAGGAGGGCGGCGUGAGGGCGCGCAUCAAAGGCAUCACGCGCGAUUGGGGGCUCUUGGUGGCCGAGGAGCUGGGCUGGGAGGAUCGGGGGACCGGGAAGGUGUGGCAGUUGCAGAGUGAUAGCAACAGUUUUGAUUUCUUCAAGGGGUUGUUGAAGAAGAAGUUGUAA